GUAGGCACAUUUCAGUUUCGUGUGACGUGGUUACCCUGAAAACGUGCGUUUAUUUCACGAUCACGAGGAAAUGAAUCUUAUGUCGUGGCGUUAAAGGUGAAAAUCUAAUAAUGGCAGUGAACAGCCCCAGUGGAUAUCCUCCACUCUCUCCAAAACCCCUCACUCCAAAAAGUCCCCGACAUUUCAUUUUUCCUCAAAAAAGUCCAUCAAUAACUUCUAGCACGUCGUCUUCUGGGUAUUAUACUCCUCAAUCCGGUUGCAGCUAUGAUAAACAUAUUCCCCCUAAGAGUCCAAUCGCUCACGGGCAUCGGAGUCCGGUGAGUCCGAGGCACUUCCACUUCCCGCAAGUUGCAGAACCACUACCUGACCGCACGAGUCCAUGCAACUUCGAGCGAUCCCAUCGCGGCCUUCAUUACACCACAUCUCUGAAGCACAGUCGCCGUGAAAAAUCUAGAUCACCGAAGCCUCCACCAGUGCAUAUUCAUACCAAUCCUGGUUACGUAUCUCCUAAUCGAACGAGGAAACUAUAUAGCUCUACCUCCACAGUGAGCUCACCUCGACUGGUGACGUCGCCGAGUAUAAUCUCAAGUCAUACGGAUGAUUCCAUUGACGCGAUUCCUGGCACGCCAUCUGCGAUCGUCAACGACGCGGAUGAUGAAGCCACAGAAACAUCUUCUCGGAUUAGGAAGUCCACAUCUGAUUUGACGGAUUUAACAGACGAUACUCCCCAAACUCGUUCUACAAGUAUAAGUAGACCAUGUUCUCCGAUGCGUCGAGGGUCGAUAAAGGGUGGACUGGCAUAUCUGGCAAGUAGACGCGGCUCGCGGGAGUCUACGGUGUCCAACUGUGAUUCGGUAGAAGAUAUUGGUCCUCUCAAUUUCCAAAAUACUAUGCGUGGUCGUCAAAGACGGACGUCAAAUUUUUUGGAGUUACCAGUUGUCGAGCACUCCAGACCCAGAGUGUGUUCCCUGCCUGAGAAGCCAUAUAACCCUAGGUUGUCGGAUGACCUGUACAGGCUCCGGACAUUCUCCAUAACAACAAAAGGUGGUGUGGUGAACUGUGGUGAUUCAAUUUGUAACCGUCGCAGUCGCUCUAACACAUCCGUUAAUUCUACCAACAGCAGAGCAUCCGAUAGAUCACCAUUCGAUGGCUCAUGCUGCUCCGGCUACCGGCCAGUCGACUCCGCCAGCUUAGACACACCUGACGAAGAUGACCUUGAUCCGAUACCAAAAUAUCGGGUAGUCCUGCUCGGUGACGCGGGUGUCGGAAAAACGGCCCUCGUAUCACAGUUCAUGACAUCAGAGUAUAUGAACACAUACGACGCCAGUCUUGAUGAUGAGUUCGGAGAGAAAUCCGUAUCGGUGCUAUUGGAUGGCGAAGAAUCAGAGCUCAUAUUUAUUGACCAUCCCAGCACUGAGAUGUCGGUCGAAAAUUGUCUAUCAACGUAUGAACCACACGCAUGCGUGGUCGUAUAUUCAGUGGUCGCGAAGAGUUCCUUCAUCAGAGCUGGUGAACUUUUGUCCUACUUGGCAAGAGAGCAAUUCACGGUGGACAGAACUGUAGUCCUCGUCGGUAACAAGGCUGACUUAGCGAGAGCAAGACAAGUUUCUACAAAUGAGGGCAAAGCCCUGGCGACGUCAAGGGACUGCAAGUUCAUCGAGACGUCAUCUGGAAUCCAGCAUAACGUGGACGAGCUGCUUGUGGGCAUCCUGAAGCAGAUACGAUUGAAAGAGAGCCGUGAUAAGAAACACGCAAAGAAAAGUGGGAAACCGGAUGCAAAGCCGUCGAAGCUAGCCAGUUCCCGCACACACAUAUCACUCAGCAUUGCUCGGGAACUCCUCCAGAAAAUUUGUAUUAAUGACAUAUCGAAAUCAAAGUCAUGCGAGAAUUUACACGUCUUGUAA